ACUUGAGCAAUUUCGGCUUAUUCGGAUCAGAAUAAGCUGAGUGUUAACCUUCGGUGAAGUUGGCUGAAUUUGUUCGACUCGAUCAGUUGUCGAAUCUCGCUCUGCGUUGCAAUAUGUUAACAUUUUAUUCAAUCGCUACUCUCUUCAUCGUGGUGACAGUUUUGAACUCAGUCACCUCGCUGGAGUGCUACCAGUGUCUAAAUGCGGAGAAAUGUCGCGGCGAAGAGAAAGAUCGUAUUGUUCAGUGCAGUAAUGAUACCGCCCACGUGGUGGCCCUACAGUCGAGUAUAUUCUAUCCCAAGCUAGCUGAGUCGCUGCUCUACAACGGAAACUAUCAGUGCGUAGCGUUGCAAUUCACCGAGCUAAAUGCGCAAAAUGCGUCACAUAUAGUCAAGGGUUGUCUCUUCGAAACUAGAGACAGUUUGUGUCGCCUGGAAGCGGACAUUCCUAACGGAAGCUUUUCCUGCAAAGCGUGCAAUACGAAUAAAUGCAACAGUGGCAUUACGGUCGGAUGGAGCCUGCUUCUGGUGGUGGCGAGUUUAAUUGCAUCAACGUGGGUGCUGAAAUAAAACACAAGUCAACCGGGACGUUUUAGUUUUUUGUAGUAAUGAACCACGAAUUUAUUUCAAAAGGACGAUAUUGACUUUGACCUUGUAUUAGUGUUUUUUUGCUGCGUAGAUUCAAUUUUAUUCAGCUGAUGGGAGAUGGGUUCUAAAUGUGGACGGAAACGUCGGAACAAAAAUAGAAUAGUACGUUUUAAUAAAUAAUAGUAUGUACUGCAAAGCUUACAAUACAACACUUUUUUAGAAUAGAUUCACAUCGGGAGAUCGAAAUGAUUUCACUGCAGUAUGAAAUCGUUUGUUUUAAAAUUCAAGGCAAAAAUUAAUAACGCUGUAAUGGAAUAAAUUAAUAGAGAGAAUUAAGAAAGCAUUAGCAUCACUCCACCAAUAGUUUUGAUCUACAAAUUAAAUAUUUAAAGAGAUUG